AUGGAUGACGAUUUACCGACCGACUUCCAGGUCAUCGUAGUGGGCACAGGAAUGGUGGAGUCAAUUGUGGCUGCUGCCUGUAGUAGGAUACACAAAAAUGUUCUACACCUGGACUCCAGUGACCAUUAUGGUGGACUGUGGGCCUCCUACAACUUUGAUGGACUUCAAAAAUUCAUAAAAGAGGUUACGUCUGAUCCUAAGAAGCAAGUCCAAGUUUAUAACUUAAUAGAGCAAUGGUACAUUGAGAAAGAAUCUCCACCAGAAGAAGAGAAAAAAGAAGGUGAAGCAGAGGAUGGAAAAACAGAGCCACCCAAGAAGAUAUGGAGUCAAGCCAACUUUGCUUCAGAAUAUCGAAAAUUCAAUAUUGAUAUGACACCAAAGUUGCUGUUCUCUCGUGGUCCAUUGGUGGAGUUGCUUAUAUCAUCCAAUAUCGCUCGUUACGCCGAGUUCCGAUGCGUCACUCGGGUCCUGACAUGGCUAAAUGACCGCCUUAUGCCUGUGCCUUGUUCACGCGCUGAUGUAUUUGCUACGGAAGCUGUCAGCAUUGUCGAGAAGCGAAUGCUUAUGAAAAUGCUGACUUCCAUCGUCGGAUACAACGAGGAGGAAAUGGACAACGAGUUCAAGGACUGGAAUGACAAAACGUUCAAGGAAUAUCUGACCCACAAGGGUUUGACCCCAAACCUGAUCCAUUACGUGUUGUUCGCAAUCGCCGGUGGUACAGAAGAUAUGCCGUGCUUAGAUGGGGUGAAAGAGUGCAAGAAAUUCCUUAUGAGCCUCGGUCGGUACGGCAACACGCCGUUCCUGUGGCCAAUGUAUGGCAGCGGUGAGCUGCCCCAGUGCUUCUGCAGGCUAUGCGCAGUGUUCGGCGGCGUGUAUUGCUUGAACCGACCCAUUGACACGGUCGCGACCAAAACCGUGGAUGAAGGCAAGACUGUGGUGGUGAUCGAGAGCAAGUCCAAAACUCUGAAUUGCGACCACUUGGUUAUUGGCAUCAAUGAGUGCCCCAAGGACUUGGUCUCACCCGAGCCAGCGGAGACUUGUGAUAUUUCGAAGGCGGUGUUCAUCACCAACGGCACUAUAAUGAAGAGCGAGAAGGAGCCGCUAACGUUGCUCCGGUUCCCGCCGCUUAUCGAGGGCGGUGGCGCCGUCACAGUGCUUGAAGUUGGCCCCGCUACUGGAUCCUGCCCGAAAGGAUUAUUCGUGGUGUAUUUUAUAACGAACAAAGUGACGGACGCCGAGACUGACUUAAAACCGUACGCAGAGAAGAUUUUCGACAUGUCCGGAGGUGAUCAGACAGUGGAAUCGGAAAAACCUAAGUGCCUGUGGUCGUUGUUCUACAACGUGAAGGACACGAGCGCGGCCGUGGAGAGCGCGGUGCCGUGCGUGCACGUGUGCUCCGGCCCGGACGCCGGCCUGGACUUCGACCGCGCCGUCCACCAGGCUGAACAAAUCUUCAAGAAGAUUUGCCCCGGUGAAGAAUUUCUCCCUCGUGCCCCCGACCCAGAGGAAAUCGUGUUUGAGGAUGACGUGACCCAUGGACCGGAAUUCGAACGUGAACAAGAAGAUGAGGCCGACGGCGACACGUCUAAGGAGUAA